AUGGUGAAACGAAAAUCAACGGCUCAGCAUCCAUUUAAAUUUAUUUCCUUUGCUGAGCAGUUGUCUAAGAUAAACAUUGACAUUACGAGAUGGAAAACAGCUUUACCUACCACCACGGAGGAUAAAGAGACAUUUUUUCACGAUGCGUUGGCGCGAGGUGCAGAAUCCGACUUUGGCAGUUACUUCAAGGCCUUUCUCGACGAUCUUCCGCUAAUGGAGGGCGAACUGCGUACUUAUGCGCAGCUUUUAUUUCACCAAAAACUCGUAUUUAACACGCUGCUUAAACAUUUGUUGAUUAAAGGGAACACUUCUCUGCCCACACUUCUCGAAAUAACACUGGCCUUUGUGCGAGACUUACGCGAGGAUAUGGGGCCUUAUUUGUGGGACUUAUUUCGGACAGUAAUUGAUGUUGUUGAGAACUGUGAGGAAAAUGUUGAAGUUCUCGAAAGUGCUUUUCGCGCUCUAGCCAUUAUUUUUAAACUGCAUUGGCGAAUAAUCGUUAAAAAACUUCGACGGACAUUUAUUCGUUUUCAAAGUUUGUUUUCGAGCAGUCGGAGCUAUAUAAGGCGUUUUGCGGCUGAAGCUUUUGCAUUUUUGUUAAGGAAAUCUAGUGUGAUUGGUAAAGUUGUAACGUUUUUAACGGAAACGGUUCAAAAGGUCUUUACUGAAAUAAUUGACGCUUCUUUGGAAUUUAGCGACCAACCUACUUUAGAAACUGCAACUGUCAUUUUGGAAGGAACAGUAGCUUUAUGUAUUGCUUUCACAAAGAAGGACUACAUUUUGCCGCUAACUGAUAUUAUAUUGGUCGGCCAGAAAAAUGUUAUAUUUGUACCUCAUAAUUUCUUGAGGUUAUUAAGUGGCGAUAUAGUAACUGGUGAGUGGAAGCCGCACCCUUUGACUUUGAAAUUAAUAUCGGAAAGCAUUAAAAGGUCUUGUGGAGCUGCUGAAGACCGUUCUCAGGCCGUAUCUCUCAUGGAAUCUGUUGUAAAACAGGCAGAGGCCACUGAUGUUGCCGUUAUGUGCCAGUUUUUCUCUGACCUUGUUGACCUAAGUAUAUUUGACAUUUUUUUGAUGCCAUCAAUUGGGAAAUUUUACUCCAAAGUUUUGAGUAAUUCGAGUCACUGUGGUGUAUUAGAAAUUUUAAAGUUUUAUGCCUUGUUGUGCGCUGAAAGGAGGCGAAUUAAUGUUGACGAAGGAGAAAGAGUGUUGUUUUUCGAUGUUUCUGAUCAUCUUGCCGUGCGUGAAUGUGUUCUUGAUAUUAUUCGUAACAAAAAUUCCGAAAACAGAGAACAAGAUGUUCUUCUCUUGUACGGAUGCAGUGUUUAUCCUUGGCUUUGGCGGGGCGUUGAAACUGUAGAAGCCUUGGAUGACGUUAUGGUUAUUUUUAAUGAUGCAAUCAGUGGUAAAUAUGGUAUCUUAUCGUCGUACCUGUCAGUGUUAAGCGCAAAUGCAGUCUUUCUCACGGGCAAAGAUUACUUUGCAAAUGUUAAUGUUGAUGAUCUUCUAAACUUUUUAAAAUAUGCUAAUUGUAAGGAAGCGGCUCUAAAAGUUUUAAACAUGAUUCUGCCCUACACUCAUACCUUUCUUUAUAAAGAUCAUAUGGCCUUAUCUCUGAAGGUAGCCAGAGAGUUGUUACCUUUUUUUAGCAAUCACAAAUCCUCUAUUCGUCAGCUGGCGUUGCGUUGUCUUAAUCACUUUGAUUUUCCUCUGCCACUUGCUGAAAAUGAGGACAAGGGGAAGGCAGACUGUUUUUUAAAAAUCUUAUUAGAAGUGGAAAGGACAGAGUUAACAAUUGAAAGUUAUAGAAACCGGCUUAUGUUGUUGCGUAAGCUGUCCUAUGGAGCUCACAAGAAAUAUAUCCCUGAAAAUUUCGAUUCUGCUUUAGAAACGAUUUUAUUGCGAGUUGUCAUUGCGCAACUCUACGAGAGGUUUACUAUAUACUGGGACCAGCUCUUUGAAAUUAUUGAGAGCUAUGCGCGUGGUUUUUCUACCGAAGUCUUUUGGCCCGUUUUUUACGAGUUUAUAACAAAUGCAUCUUCGCAUAUCAACGCUGUCUCAAAGGAAAAUGCGGAGUUUGACGAAGAUUUAGAUAUUUUAUGCGGGAUCUCUGGUCACCACACUCCUGAUUACGUUACUUUUCGUCUUCAGUUAUUUAGAAUGCUGGAUCGCAUUCCAGAUGUUGCUGAGCAAAAAUCGUGUGACUUGAGUCCAUUACUUCUGAAUUUAUUUAGAAACGAGUAUGAAAAUCCGAGCAGGCAAAAUAUACAACAGCAGAACAUUCUUUUUACUGAUGAAGUGCUUCUUGAAAACUGCGAAGAUUCCUCAGCCUCUGAUGAAGAAGAAAAGAAAAGCGAACUGACUAGCGGGAAGGACGAAGUGGGUGAACAGCUGGUGAAACGGCGGAAGCUAAUGCAAAAUUCGGAAAUCAGAUUGGGAUUUGAAGCUGCAAGUGCAUUAACUUUGAGCAAAAAGGAGAUCAAAAAGACGAUUAUCACUCUGUUAGAAGUAUUUAGCAAGUUUAAGUCACCGAGGAAAAUUUAUAUGGCCAAGGAAAUACGAUCAUUGUACGAUGAAUUGUUACUAAUUGGCGACCCAGAGGCUCAAAAGGCGGUUCUCACUUGUUUAUUUGGAUAUCACUAUAAUUACCUCAAUCCUUACAGAACUAACUUCGAGAAAUUAAUUGAUGAAAGGACAUUUUUGAAUGAACUGGUUUUGUUUGGUGUGGACCCACAAUGUACUACUGUGGCAGCGGAGCACCGAGACCAAACAAUAGCAAUUUUAAUGAGGGUAUUGUACGGAAAAUUAAAUACACAUGUUCCUAAGGGAGAAGUUGCUCGUAAAGCUGCUGUGUAUCGAUUUUUGGCCGGUUGUUCAUCUAAUGAACUUGGCGUUUUCCUUUCAAUUCUUUUUUUGCCCUUAAUCGAAUACACUAAUGGUAAGUUCGAAAUAGACCUGAUAAGGCGAGAGGAUCUCUUAUUUCCUUUUCUAUUUUGUAAUUUUAUUUUAAUUCAAAACAUAGUGGGGCAAGCAGAAUUUAUUCGUUUACAUGCUUCCUAA